AUGAAAAUUCCUGUGCAAGAAGAUGACCAAUGUGAGGAUUACUAUUCCAAUGUUGAAGAGAAUGUUGCUGGUGAGAAAUUUCGUAUGCUGGAAGAAAGGUUACGUGCUAUGGAGAACCAAUAUGUCAUGGGGAUGGAUUUCAAUGACAUGGGUCUUGUUCCCGGGCUUAGAAUUCCAAACAAAUUCAAGGUACCCGAUUUCAUCAAGUACAAAGGGAAUUCUUGCCCAAAGACUCAUGUGCGUGCUUAUUUCAGAAAGAUGUCUACAUAUUCCAAUGAUGAGAAGAUGUUGAUGCAUUUCUUCCAAGACAAUCUGUCAGGAGGAUCUCUUGAUUGGUACAUGUCUUUGGAGAGGGCUAAUGUACGAAGCUGGAGAGAGUUGGUGAAUGCCUUUGUAACACAUUACCACUACAACUCUGAUAUGGCUCCCAAUCACACUCAGUUGCAGAAUUUGACACAGGGGAACAAUGAAUCCUUUAAAGAAUACGCGCAGAGAUGGCGUGAGUUGGCUGCUCGAGUUCAACCUGCACUGAUGGAGCGUGAGCUUGUUGAUCUAUUUAUGGGAACUCUUCAAGGAGUUUACUAUGAUCGUUUGGUUGGUUGCACCACUGCUGGUUUCCCAGAUUUGGUCACGGCUGGUGAGCGUGUUGAAGUGGGUAUCAAGCUUGGUAAGAUUCAAGUUCCUAGUUCUGGAAGUUCAUCUGAUAAGGGUAAGAAGCCUUUCACAGGCUUUUCGAAGAACAAAGAAGAUUCUAGUUCUGCUUAUAUGGGUAAAGGUAAAGGGAGAGCCUUUUCCGAACAAGUAGCUGUUGUCACAACUCCUACUGUUCAACCUCGUCAGCAAACUCAACAACCUAGACAACAACAACAGACUGCUCCUCGCCAGAGAAAUGCUCAACAAAGGACUAUGGGUCCUCCUAGGCAAUUCACUCCUCUGCCUAUGACCUAUACUCAGUUGUUUAAUCAUCUUUGCCAUAUCAACUUGAUUGAAUUGAGAAAUUGGACAAUGCCAUCCUCUCUCCUUGCUAGUCAUGAUCCAAAUGCCAAAUGUGUGUUUCACUCUGGAGGUGUUGGGCACGACAUUGAGAACUGUUGGGCGUUCAAACACAAAGUGCAAGACCUUAUUGAUAAUGAGACUAUUGAGUUUGAGCCUCCUAAUGGACCAAAUGUGGUGCAAAAUCCCAUGCCACCUCAUGGAGGUGCUGCGGUGAGUGCUAUUGAAGUAGAUGAAGAGUUAAAUUUGAUCAUGGAUGCUAGUCUUGUAACUACCCCGCUGCCUUUUGUCAAAGAAUAUCUUUUAAAGAUGGGGGUCUUUCCUGGUUGUGCUGCUGAUUGUAAAGAUUGUUUAUAUCAGUGUAAUGGUUGUGAUUGUCUGAAGUCUGAAAUUCAGAAUCUAAUUAACGAGGGAUCUCUACAGUUUGACCGUCUGAAAAAGAAAGUUGUAGAGGAAGUUGAUGUUAUCACUAUUCCUGUGCCUCCAAAGAAACCCACUGUUCGUAUUACUUUACCAAGCCCUGUUCCUUAUAGCAGUGAUAAAGGUGUUCCAUGGAAUUAUAGGGAAAAAGUAUAUUACCAUGGGCAGAAGGUUGCUGUUAAGACUCCUAAUUCUGAUGUUAAUGAUGUUGGUGGAACUGGUCGAAUUACUAGGAGUGGUCGUGUGUUCUCUCUUGUUCAAAGGACUUCCGAGAAUACUCAACCUUCUGGUUCAAAUUCGGGGAUGCCAUCUAAUGAAGAAGUUGAAGAGCUUAUGAGAUACAUCCAAAAAAGUGACUAUAGAGUGAUUAUUCAAUUAAGCAAGACAUCGUCAAAAAUCUCUAUUCUAUUCUUGCUGCGAGAUUCGGAAGCUCAUAAAAAUGCCUUGAUAAAGCUGUUGAACACUUCUUUUGUACCACAAGAGAUAUCAGUAAACCAGUUUGAACAUGUAGUUGCAAGCAUUACUGCAAGCAAUGGUUUAGGUUUCACUGAUUUUGAUUUGCCUCCCGAGGGUAGAAAGCAUGACAAAUCUCUUCAUAUUUCUUUGGAAUCUACAGGUGGUACUUUGUCCCAUGUGCUGGUUGACACGGGUUCGUCUUUGAAUGUACUUCCAGAAGUGGCGCUGAUGAAAUUGAACUAUCAAGGGGUGGAGAUUCGACCAAGUGACUUGAUGGUGAGAGCUUUUGAUGGGUCUAGGAGGGUUGUCUUUUAUGAAUUUGACUUACCAAUAAAGAUAUGGCCUUAA